AUGGCCAUCAGGGUUGCCAUGGCGCCUGUGAAUGACCUGCUUUCUCAGGUACCACGCCUGCCCAUCUGGUCAGCCUCCCCGGGCAGUGGAGACGCCACUCUGCCUGACCUGGCUUAUCUGCCACAGGAGUAUGUUACACAGGUAUGGGGGAGGCGUUCGUAUAUCUGCUACAUUGCUCAUACCAAUGCGAUAUUUACAUAG